CAGAUGCACGAGUAGGAGUCGCCUACAUUUCUGCUGAGGCGCUGUUCAUUUCUCCUCACCUUCGCUUACGGCGGACUAUGGAUAGUCAAGGCAGGAAAGUAAUCGUUUGUGACAAUGGCACAGGAUUUGUUAAGUGCGGGUAUGCUGGCUCCAAUUUCCCCGAGCACAUCUUCCCCGCCCUGGUGGGCCGGCCCAUCAUCCGCUCCUCCGCUAAAGUGGGCAACAUCGAGAUCAAGAACAACUGCAUCAGCAGCCAUAUGGACCUGAUGGUGGGGGACGAGGCGAGCGAGCUGCGGUCCCUGCUGGAGGUGUCGUACCCCAUGGAGAACGGAAUGGUGCGCAGCUGGGAGGACAUGCGGCACCUGUGGGACUACACCUUCGGCCCCCAGCGCAUGAACAUCUCCCCUCCCGAGUGCAAGAUCCUGCUCACCGAGCCCCCCAUGAACCCCGUCAAGAACCGGCAGAAGAUCAUCGAGGUCAUGUUCGAGAGCUACCAGUUCCAGGGGGUCUACAUCGCCAUCCAGGCAGUGCUCACUCUCUACGCCCAGGGUUUGCUGACGGGCGUGGUGGUGGACUCAGGGGACGGGGUGACACAUAUCUGUCCCGUGUACGAAGGCUUCGCUCUGCCCCACCUCACUCGCCGGCUGGACAUCGCAGGCCGUGACAUCACACGCUACCUCAUCAAGCUGCUGCUGCUGCGUGGCUAUGCCUUUAACCACUCUGCGGACUUUGAGACGGUGCGCAUGCUGAAGGAGAAGCUGUGCUACGUGGGCUACAACAUCGAGCAGGAGCAGAGGCUUGCCAGAGAGACCACCGUGCUGGUGGAGACGUACACGCUACCAGACGGUCGGCAGGUAAAGGUCGGGGGUGAGAGGUUUGAGGCCCCGGAGGCGCUCUUCCAGCCGCACCUGAUCAACAUCGAGGGGGUGGGCGUGGCCGAGCUUCUCUUCAACACCAUCCAGGCAGCCGACAUCGACACCCGGUCAGACUUCUACAAGCACAUUGUGCUGUCGGGGGGCACCACCAUGUACCCCGGGCUGCCAUCCCGUCUGGAGAGAGAGAUCAAGCAGCUGUAUCUGGAGAGGGUGCUGAAGGGAGACGUGGAGAAGCUCUCUAAGUUUAAGAUCCGCAUCGAGGACCCGCCACGGCGAAAGCACAUGGUAUUUCUGGGCGGGGCCGUGCUGGCCGACAUCAUGAAGGACAAGGACUCCUUCUGGAUGAGCCGCGCAGAGUACCAGGAAAAGGGGCUCGGGGUGCUGGAUAAACUGGGGGCGAGUGUUCGGUAAGGGGGUACAGCUGGCCUGGAGCCCCCCCGCUCACCCCAACAAACACAGGUACAACAAGCACCCCAUCCCAACCCCCCUUCAAACAUACAGUACUCCCACCGCCAUCGCUACAUACUAAAUGCUAUAUCCACAUUCUCUCUCAGACUCUGACAGACACACACACACAAAUCCUGACCUUAAGAGCCAGGUACAGCACAGUCCCUGGGUCACCUGUCUCUCUGCUGUCUGCCUGUCUGUUCAUCAUCUCAGAAAUUAGGUACAUGAGAGCGGAUGGGAGAGCUUUUACAGGUGUCUGUCUCACCGUGGUGCAGAUUCCAUACCAGCUCAACUCUUUUUGCAGCUUUUUUGUACAGUGAAUAGGUUAAAUGAAUCAUCACAAUGAGACUAUAAUACUGCUAUAUUGUGGGAAAAGGGACAUGUAUUUGUCAGUAGAGAUGAUAGGAAAGAUGUCUGCUGCCAAAGCAACACUGAACUGAGCAUAAGCAGACAGUGAGUGAGCGGGGAGGGCAGGUUCGGCCAAAGGCCCUGCCCAUUUUCACUGGUAACAGAACAGGACUGUGGUUCAUGCAAAGGCCGGAAGCACAUGCUAGCUGGAUUCGGUCAGCGCUCCUCUCUCAGGUAAACAGUGGACCGUUUGGAAUCCAGAUGUGCCUACCUGCCAGCUGCAGAAUCAUGUGACGGUCAGCAUCUGGAGCCAUUUAUAAUUACACUGACACUGACCAGUCUAGCACCUGUGUGUUCAAUAACUUUCUCUGAAUCGCACCUGUGAUUACAGUAGUGUUGUGAGUCUAUGGAAAUGGAGAGUAACUUGCAUUAUAUGAUAAAUGGCAACUAAUCUUGACCCCAAGGCUGGACCAAAUGGAAAAAUACCACAAUAAAAAUGGUGUCUUAUUAAUGUUGGUGUUAUGGUUAAAUAUUUUCCAAUGAGAUUCAGUUUUUCUUCUUUUUCUUCUUUAUUUUUAUUUUCUCUGGAUAUCUAGCUAUUCAACACAAA